AGGUGAUGGACGCUAUUUAAUGAAUGAGCUCUAGCAACAUCUUUUCAAACAGUCGUUGUCGCUCCUCGUCCUGAUAAUAUUUUCUAACAUGGUUUCGAAACUGGAAAAUGCAAUGGAAGGCCUGAUUAAAGUCUUCCACACGUACUCCUCCAAAGAGGGAGACAAGUACAAGCUAAGCAAAUCUGAGCUUAAAAGCUUGCUUCAAGGGGAACUCAGUGACUUUUUAGCCGCGAGUAAAGACCCCAUGGUGGUGGAGAAGAUCAUGUCUGAUCUGGAUGAGAACCGGGAUGGAGAGGUGGACUUUCAGGAGUUUGUUGUACUGGUGGCUGCUCUCACUGUGGCAUGCAAUGAGUUCUUUGUAGAGAGCAUGAAGAAUUAAACUAACUUCUAUGUGUUAAUCUGCAAGAAAAUGUUUUCUAAAUGUUAUUUAUCAAUUUAAUACUCCGUGCAGACUGUGUGUUUGUGUGGGAAAGUACAGUUGUAGAUGAACUGUCAAGUGUGCAUUUAGAUUCAUCUGUUUGAGCAAUGCUGCUUUAAUCUUAAUGAUGUACAGUAUGACUGAACAUGCAAAAUAA